AUGAAGUGGCUGAUCCUUGUGUUGGUUUAUCUGCACUUAUCAGAAGGACUGGAGAGAGUCAUUCUGAAGAAAGGAAAAUCCAUUCGGGAGAACAUGAAGGAAAAAGGUGUGCUAGAAGAAUAUCUGAAGAAGAACCAUGCUGAUCCUGCACUGAGAUACCACUUCAAUGAAUAUAAUGUUGCUUAUGAACCAAUAACCAAUUAUUUGAAUUCUUACUACUUCGGAGAGAUUAGUAUUGGGACACCACCACAGAACUUCCUAGUUGUAAUGGACUCUGGUUCUUCCAAUCUCUGGGUUCCAUCUGUAUAUUGUAAUACUGCAGCCUGUGGUAAUCACAACAGAUUCAACCCCAGUGCAUCUUCCACAUAUUCCAAUUCUGGACAGACUUAUACCCUGUACUAUGGGGCUGGUGAUUUGACUGUCCUGCUAGGCUAUGAUACUGUGCAGGUCCAGAAUAUUGUUGUCACCAAUCAGGAGUUUGGCCUGAGUGAGGAUGAACCUGCUACUCCCUUCUACUAUGCCAGUUUUGAUGGAAUUAUGGGGAUGGCUUAUCCAUCUCUGGCUGUAGGAGGGACAGCCACUGUCAUGCAGCAGAUGCUGAAUCAAGGACAGCUUUCUGAACCCAUCUUUAGCUUCUACUUUUCACGACAGCCAACUGUUCAAUAUGGAGGGGAACUGAUCUUGGGUGGGGUUGAUACUCAGCUAUUCUCUGGAGAAAUUUCCUGGGCACCUGUUACCCGUGAAGUUUACUGGCAAAUUGGCAUUGAAGAAUUUGCCAUUGGCGAUGAGGCUACUGGCUGGUGCAGUGAAGGCUGCCAGGCAAUUGUAGACACUGGCACCUGUCAACUUACCAUUCCACAGCAGUACUUUGAUACCUUCCUGCAAGCUGUGGGAGCUGAAGAGUAUGAUGGUGAGUUAUUAGUGAACUGCAAUGAUGUCCAGAACAUGCCCACCAUCACAUUUGUCAUUAAUGGAUCCCAGUUCCCACUGCCACCCUCUGCCUAUGUGACCAGUAAAGAUGGCUAUUGUACAGUUGUUGUGGAGCCUACUUAUUUGCCUUCCCAAAGUGGGGAGCCACUGUGGAUCCUGGGUGAUGUCUUCCUUAAGGAGUAUUAUUCUGUCUUUGACAUGGCCAACAACAGGGUGGGAUUUGCGCUAUCAGCUUAA